CCCCUUCGUCCAGGCUGCAGUCUGGAUACUAAUCACGUCUAACCCCCGACCGAACCUUUCUCAAAAGGCCUUUUUGAUUGUGUGGUUUCCACCUGGAGUAAAACGAUACGUAAAGCAUAAUAAAAGCUUACUAGUAGAUUACUGAUAUGAAAGUGAACAGCAUAGCUCGCGUAGUUCUAUGUUUGAUUCUUGGCAUUUUCUCCAGCCCAACACUGUUAAAUAGUGUCUCAGCUUCAUCUUUAUUAGAUAAAAGAGCAGAUCGCCAAAGAACAGCCCGCGAGAAACACUCUGGGAAACUUCUAGUGCGCGAUCCGUUCCCAAACACGCCAGACAUUACGCGCCGGAGGCCGGUGCCUGUCCUGCGGAUCCGUGGCCGAACACCUGCGAGAGUCCCACCUGGCGAGCAUUACCUGCCCAGAUACAGCCGGCUCCCGGAAGUGUCGGUGACUUGUUCACGCUCAGGAUUCGUUUUAAGGGUAAAAAAGAAUUUCUAUGGUUUCUCAGCCAUCGCAGAGGAGCUGACGCUCGGAGAAACCUGCAAAAGUAACGGGGUCCUUGUGCCUCAUAAUGACCUGCUCUUCACAUACGCGCUCACCGACUGUCAGGGAGAACAACAGGUGUUUCCUGAUUACGUUGCCUACAAAUAUGUCCUGCAUUACGUGCCACUAUCACACCGAAACUCACUUCAUUAUCACAGAGUCAACGUUGGCUUGGAGUGUCGCUAUAAAAGGGAGCAUCAUGUGCACAGUCUGGUGGUGAGUCCCACAUCUCGGACCCUAUUACACAAACUUAUCAGGAGCAGAUCUGGUGACUUUUGGAUUCAGCUGAUGGACGGUAAGACCACAGGCUCCUGGUCUUCUCCAGUCAGGUCAGCUGUGUACCUUCUGGGUCAGCAGGUGAAUGUGCAGGUCUCCACGCGACAUCAUUACCAAGGGGUCAAGCUUUUUAUCAACAGCUGUUAUGCAGCUACAGUCAACACUUUGAGUCAAGCAACCAAACACAGCAUCAUAGACAAUUAUGGGUGUUUACGGGAAAGCCGGAUAAAUCCAGGUGCUUCAAGAUUCAGGUUCUCCAGGGCAGACAAUGUAGUUCAGUUCUCUUUUGGUGCUUUCCAGUUCAUUGAAGCGCCAGAUGCCCAGAUUGCAGUCCAUUGUGAGCUCUCCGUUUCUGGUGGUGGACCUAGUCCAAUGCAGAAGUCUUGUUUUUACAGCCACAACGAUAAAAGGUGGGUCUCUGUGUUUGGUCAAGAUUCUAUUUGUGACUGCUGUGAUUCAGUCUGCAACCAGACCAAAACCAAAAGAAUAGCACAUGAAGGGUUUGUAAGCAGUGAUCAAGUGCUCUUCUCUGACCAUUUGACUUCUCCUUUCUCAACUUUGCCUUCCUCAACUCUGGAAUCAAUUCCCAUUGCUCAUAGAAGUGAGGAUGUUAUCUGGUUUGAAGCCAAACUGGACAAAGAGUCCCAGAGGUCCUACACCCACAAAGACUUGGUUGCCUCUGUUUCCCUGAUAUCUACUGAGGAGGACCAUGAUAAAAGACAGCACACAUCUAACACCAGCACAGUGGAGUUUACAGAGGAGGAAAGGAAAGAGAUUGAGGAAGAGAAACAUGGGGAUGUGGAGAUUAUUAUAGCAAUCAGUAAGAAUAUUGUAGGAUCUGAAAGGCCAGAUUUAGACCCUAUGAAACUGCAUGACAUUGCAUCCUUGGAUUGGUCUGAAGACAGGAAAAUGCAAAACCUGACAAAGGGUUCAGAUUACUCACAGAAGAAAGGUCAGAGAGUGGAACAAGUUCCUCAGGAUCACAAAGGUUCCACAAAGACUUCAGUUAUGGCCAGUGAAACCAUGGAGGAAAAUCCUAAUAUGGAUUUAUCAACAAUGGGAGACAUUGGGCAACUAGGUGUGUUUCUGCCAUCAUUCCUCUCAGAGGAAAAGAAUUCUUCUGAAAAUAAAAAUGAAGGGUUGGGCUUCCUGCUAAUUUCACCUUUUGAAGAAAAAACAGAGGUUCAACUUGGAUCUGAUGAGUUGAUAGAGCAAGGCGUUGUAAGAAAACUAGACCUUGCACAUGACUCGGAUGAUGAUUAUUUUUCAGAUGGAAUUUAAUUUUUUUUUACAAAGAAACCAAAGAUUCAUGCAUUGCUUAAUAAUUAAAACUGGUAUUGCAGGAAAUUUGUUUUCUUGAUUGAUAAUCCAUGUAUUGAGAGAUAUUAAAUUACUUUUGUUACAUGG